AUGGAGAGAAAUCAAAUAAUCAUAACGGAAAAAGAUAAAGCAGAAAUAAUUAAAAUAUGGGAUGUUGUUAUGAAGGAUCCGAAAUCCAGUGGAGUAUUGAUCUUUGUAAACUUUUUCAAUGACUUCCCCGAAUAUAAAAAUCUAUUCAAAAAGUUCGAGCGAAUAUCGAUGGAAGAUCUCCCGAAAUCUCGGCAAUUGAGAGCACAUGGGAUAGCGGUGAUAAAUAGUUUAAAUGGCAUGAUCGAAAACUUGGAUGACCCUGAAUGCCUCGUGGAGUUAUUAUUGAUGAACGGCAAGCAACACGCGCAUUUCGGUACUACAAUGGAGCAUUAUUAUAAUUUGUGGGAAACCGUUAUGAAAACGUUUAAACAAGCGUGCGGCGAUUUAUAUACUCAAGAUUCAGAAAAGGCGUAUAGGAAAUUAUUCGCUAUAAUGGAUAUGUCGAUUAAUGAAGGCUUGAUUUCGGAAGGCGUUUCCGAUUAA